CUUAGCCGCUACGGACGCAGACCAAAUAAGCGUUGGUAAUGUUUCGAGGGAGAUCACCUUACAAGAUUCUUCUGCGGAGACUUCACUCAAUCAUCUUCAUCAUUCUGGUCACGCACCUCUGGAGACGAAGUUUUCUAAAACUUCUGCGAUGACUCGAAGUAGAGUAGGCGAUGGCGCUGGUGAGAUCGAGCUGCAGAAUCUGAUCGAGUUUUUGUUCAAUGGAUCAACUGGGCGCAAUUUCUACUUCUUCUAUGAUCACGCAGAUGCAGCCGUCACGGCUUCUGCGUCCAUGUGUUACGCCAGAGGCGCCGAAGUGACCGUCUUCAGUUGCAAAAGCGCAGUGAAAGCCAUCGAAAGCAUCGUCAUGACUUUCAACCAGGUGGAAAGUAUACGCAACAUUUUUGUCCUUUGCUCGUCAGACGUGACGAAACAAUUGUUCAGCGAGAUUAAUUUCAAAUACUUAGAGUCCGCCCUGACUCAGUGGUUCGUGAUUCUUGAAAACGACAUCUUGAAACCCGUCAUGGCGUAUAUGAGAGAGGGAACGCAGGUGACAUUCGCCCUGAGAACUGAACCUGGCUUGUACCACCUCUGGAGUUCCUACAUAAACAUCAAGAACAAAGUAGCAUUGCACGAACUGGGCUGGUGGUCUUGGAACCCAUCGUCCGGCGCUAAGCAGCAGCUAUGAGACCUUUGUAUCGGCCCGUCCUGGAAGUCUACAAGGACUUUGGAGGACGAGAACUGAUCGUGACAGUCAUCGACAACUGGCCCUUUUGGCAUCUCACUUACCCUGGGGACGGACGCGUCAUUCCCACAUCAGGACUCGACUACAACGUUCUGAAGACCAUCGGAGAUCACCUGAAUUUUACAAUUCGGAUGGAAAUAACACCAGACGGCAAAUGGGGAGGCGUUAUGGCUGAUGGGACUGUCACCGGGAUGGUUGGAGUGGUGCACCGCCAUGAAGCUCAUGCAGCCAUCAAUGAAUUUACUAUCACAGAACAGAGAGAGAAGGCGGUAGACUUCACCAAACCUUACUACUACGAAUCCACGACGCUCAUCUCACCAGCUCCUUCCAAGACGCUGAGGGCCUACGCUGUCUUCACUUCCUUCACUUACGAGGUGUGGAUAGCCCUCAUAGUGGUGGAGUUGCUGAUCGGCCCUCUGAUAAGACUGAUGGUGUGGAUGAGGAAAAAGCUCUUUGGAGAAGUGCACGAGAAGUGGGAGUACCUCCCCGACGUGAGCCUGUUCAUGUUCCGGCCCCUGGUGAACCAGGGGGGAAGGGUUCCCUCUCCGAAAUGGUUUUACCGGCUCGUCUUCAUCGGUUACUUCUUCUUCUCCUUCCUCAUGAUAUCCCUCUACGCCGACGUCAUGAUAUCCGUGCUUGCGGUGCCUUCUUACGAAAAACCCAUCGACUCCCUGUACGACCUUCUGGAGGCCAUUAAGAAGGACCACUACGUGACGGUGCUUGGCUGCGGUUCCAAUAACGAGUUUAUUUACAGUAAUACGACUAUGGAAAUCUACAAGGAGAUCUACGCGAGGUUCGACCACAGCAAAGGGUGCAUCAAGAACUGGGACGACGGGAUGGACAGGGUCCUUCAUGGUAAAUACGUUUUUAGCAACAAUCGCUUAGGAGCCGAAGUCCGUGCCAACGUUAGAGGUCGAGAGAAGUUUCACUUUGCAGCUCACGAAUUUUAUGCUCAUGGCUACAGCAUCGCUUGUCCGAAUGGUUCGCCUUACAAAACCGCUUUCGAGGAAGUGCUCGUCAGGGAGAUGACCUACGGCCUCGUACAGAAGUACAUGAGGGAUGAGCUGGAGAAGGCGAGAACGAUCCAGGGCGUCACAGAGAAAGGUCCAGAACCGAUCAACGUCCGCCACCUCCAGGCAGCUUACUAUUUGUGGCUCUUCGGCAACUUCCUGGGAGGUUGCGCCGUCAUUGCUGAGACUGUGGUGAAAAGGCACACUUCAAGGGACUCAGACUUGGGAAAGUAAACAUGACCUGUGGUCUUGUUUUCUUUGACGAUGUGCAGAAUACAGGUGCAUUUGCUUGAUACCAAUUUAUUUGGACUGUCCUCGAAAUUUGUCUUUGAUAGAAUGUCAUGGCAACACCCUUGAUGAUAUCGGCUGUUGACUAGCUUAAUUCCAUCUUAUUCGAAUGUACAGAAACAAACUUUGAAUUACUACAAAAGCACUAAGUCUUCAUGAUGGUACGUUGCGUAGCCUAUAUAGUGUCUGUUUCAUAUCGUAGAAGAGAAGGGUUAUAAGAUCAAUCAACGUCCUCUUGUUUUGAAUACCACUAAUAUAUUGCUUUCGGCAAAACCAUUCUGAAUAAGAUUUUAACUAUAACAGGAUAAUAAUGCCUGAAUAACCCUGCCUUUUUCGAAAAUGUAUGCAAAAAUCACUUUAUCCUAGUAUGGAUUUAAGAAAUAUAUAUCUGGUUUUCUUAUGAACUUGAAAGAUGAAGAAACAGAUCCAGUCAGGAAAUAAACCAAUAGACUGGAGUCUUUGUGUAGGCCUAUAAUGGCUUUCGAGUACAGAAAUAUCCUUUAACAGUGAGUGAUGUUCUAAUCUUGAUCCGCCAGCAUGAUAUUGGUCAAGUUUCCUCACUUCAUCUGAUUAAACAAGGUGUCUUGAUUCUUAUUAGUUACCAUACGGGAGAAGAACCAGUUCCCUAUCUUGGCGUUCAACAGCAUAGACUGCCUUUGUUUUGAUUUGUGUUUUUGUUUCUGGAUUCCUCAUGUUAAUUUUCUCGAAACAUGUAUAACUUUCAGGAUGAGCAGUUACCUAUUGGUAAUUAAGUUGUAUUAA